CUCUCUCUCCACAAACGGCGAUAAGGUGUCGUCGUUUUCCCUCUUGCGCCGCCGCCUCUCACGGCGUGAGGCGCCUCGUCCCCCUCUUCUUUUAGGUCCUCCUCUCCUUAUGAGGAAGAAAACGAAAUCUAAGAAACCCUCUCCAUUGAGGAGAUCCGGUGCUUCUGUCUCGGGUCACCCGCUUUCUCCGCCUCCAUCGAUCGUCUCCGCCGGCGCUGUGUGUUCUGAAGCCCCCGCGUCGCCGGUUUCUUCAGCUCCCACGCAAUCUAUUGCCCAAUUGACUGUCUCAGUGACGGACUUGGCCAAUCAAAUCCCAGAUCUGAAAACCUCAUCGGGUACAUCAGACCUAACAGCAAAUGGCGCCUCUGAUACUGCUAAUGGUUUAGCUCCUUCAGGGCCGUCGACAUUGUCAGAAGAGCCGGCUGUUGCCGAGGUUACAACUCCUCUGCCUCCGAUUGUCAAGGACUCUGCGAAGCCAGAAGCCUCCAAGCACAUUCCUGAUGCGCCAAACCCUGUAAAGCAAGAUUUGUGGGUGAGCCUCGUCAAGGGUACUGCAAAACAACUCAAAAAACAGAGCUCAGGUUUCACUCUCCCGUCGGGAGAAUCGUGUGUGAAGAUACCUAAUUCUGUGAUUGAGAAAAACAGGAAGUCAUGGGAAUGCUUUGUUCUUGGUCAAUUUUACUCCGAUCCUCCAGCCCAAGGAACCAUCCAUAAUAUCGUAAAUGGGAUUUGGAGUAAGAGCUAUAGAGAUAUCUCUGUCUCCAAGAUGGAAGGUAAUGCAUUUAUUUUUAGAAUUCCGAAUGCUGCUACGAGGGCAAGAGUUAUUAAUCAAAUGCUUUGGCAAAUUGAGGGUCAAACAAUGUUCGUCGCAAAUUGGGAGCCCGGUGUGGUCCCUAUGAAGCCCCAGCUCACAUCGGCGCCUAUCUGGCUUGAGUUAAGACAUGUUCCUCUCCAAUUCUUCAACGACGAGGGUCUCGAGAGUAUCGCUAGUUUGGUCGGAGAUCCCAAAUGUUUGCAUCCGGCAACUGCGAACAAGACCAACCUAGAGGUGGCUAAGGUCUUCACUAUCAUUGACCCGAGGAAGCCUCUUCCAGAGGUUGUAAAUGUUCAGUUUGCUUCAGGGGAGAUUAGAAGAAUUUUAGUCUCCAGCCCAUGGAUGCCCCCAGUGUGUGAGCAUUGCAAGGAGGUUGGACACAGCCGCAAACGCUGCAAAUUGGCACCAGUAACGUGCAAACCUUGUAACUCUUCUGCUCACCUUGAGAGCUGCUGUCCUAGAAAAGGGAAUGCUCCUCCGAGAAAGCGGUACCAGGCCAAGCCCAUCUUUAAGGAUCAAGCUGUUGUGAAGAGGCCAGGCAAAGAGGUACAACAGCAAAUGGUCUAUGUACCUAAGUCUGUGCAGCCUGCUUCUCGAUUGCAGGUAAUAGCAAAAGAGGGUGAUCAAGCUGUUCUUGAGAUAGGAUCUGGCUCAGGUAAGGCGUUACACACACAUGGUUCAGAUCAAUCUCCAUCAGAGGGUAAAUCUUCGGUAGCUGAAGAAGACUCAUCUGAUAUUUUGUCAACAGAAUCGGAAGAGACUGAUAGUCUAGAGGAAACUGCCAGUCUAGAGGAUGACUAUUCUGGUUUUGAAGAAGUGUUGUCUAAGCGACAACGGAAACUUAACAGAGGCAAGGGCCUCAAAAACACAUAACUAUGUGUACACAAAUUU